UUUGCAGUUAGGCGGUUUAACUGCAAAAGAACAGGAUAUAAUGGCAGCUCAGCAGUUGCGUGAGGGAAUUACGCUGAAAGGCAGCUCCGAGAUUGUGGCUGAAUUUUUCUCCUAUGGAAUGAACAGCAUUUUAUACCAGCAUGGGAUUUAUCCACCAGAAACCUUUACGCGUGUUCAGAAAUAUGGGCUUACUCUCCUGGUCACUACAGAUCCAGAGCUGAAAAACUGCUUGAAUAAUGUUGUGGAGCAACUCAAAGAUUGGCUUUACAAAUGCCAAGUAGAGAAGUUGGUGGUGGUGAUCGCAAGUGUUGAUAAUAAUGAAGUUCUUGAGAGAUGGCAGUUUGACAUAGAAUGUGAUAAAACAGUCAAGGAUGACGAUGUUGUUCGUGAAAAAUCACAAAAGGCUAACCAAGAUGAAAUAAGAUCAGUUAUCCGCCAGAUCACCGCAACAGUAACUUUCCUUCCUUUGCUUGAAACCGCUUGUGCCUUUGACUUGCUAAUCUAUACAGACAAUGAUUUGGAAGUACCAGAAAAGUGGAAGGAAUCUGGACCUCAGGUUGUCUCCAACUCUGAAGAAGUCCGUCUUUGUUCUUUCACUACUACUAUUCACAAAUUAAACAUUUUGGUGGCAUGUAAAAAAAUUGAUUCUUAUUAA